UAGGUCUUAACGUAGCUCACAAAGCACACACUCGAUAGUAAUAUUAUUAUUAAAUACUUUGUGAAGGUCCUUUUAUAGUUUUCCGGAGUCACUGCCAGCAUAAAUUAACAUUUUAGCCAGUAGCAGUAGCUGUAGGGUUGAAAACUGCUGGUGAAAACUCGGAAAUUCGGUAAAGAGUCCAAGGUGUAUCAAGGCUGCCCUAUAUCUCGAGACUAGAGUGGUGAAAAAAUUAUUUUAGCUUAUCCCAGCUGUUAAUUAUAAAGACACAACAAUCAGCAGCAUUCCAAAGUCGCUGGCUGGUGCUGCAGUUUGUUAAGAAAAAAAAAAGUUCAUGCCAUUGACGUAAAAGGUGACGAGGGUCAAACGGAAACGAGGUAAAUGCAAUAUGAUGUCCAAUGGCAUCGUGUAAACAUUUGCCACUGGAGUUCCAUUGAUAUUCGUCACCAGUAAUUAUUUAACAACGACUGCUAUUUUUUUUUUUUUUAGUUUUAAUUCUAUCAGCGUGUUUAUGAUUGAUGAUUAGCUGGUAAUAGAAUGGCGGCGAUUUUUGACAUUGAAAUACACGAUGUUGAUAACAAAAUAACUGAAGAAGAGUCUGAUGACGAAAUUAUUGAGAUACAUGAGGACGAAUAUAAUACGGACCCGAAUGUCAAUGAAUUGAUAGAGGCUGAUGGGGUCGAGACGGUCUCCAUUUCCGAACAGAGUGUUAACUGCGGCAGGGAGAGGGCUGGCCCACAAGAUUUCGAGUUGUGUAAGGUCAUAGGUAAGGGUGGGUAUGGAAAAGUAUUUCAGGUACGAAAAGUAACGGGUAAUGAUGCUGGUACCAUUUUUGCAAUGAAGGUAUUGAGAAAGGCUUCGAUAAUUCGUAAUCAAAAGGACACUGCCCACACCAAAGCUGAGAGAAAUAUUCUGGAGGCCGUUAAGCAUCCUUUCAUCGUUGAUCUAAUGUAUGCCUUUCAAACUGGUGGCAAAUUAUAUUUAAUUCUAGAGUACAUGUGCGGCGGCGAGCUGUUUCGUCAUUUAAAUGACGAGGGAAUUUUUCUUGAAGAAACAGUAUGUUUCUAUUUAUGUGAAAUAAUAUUAGCGCUACAGCAUUUGCACCAGCAGGGGAUUAUUUACCGCGAUUUAAAGCCGGAGAAUAUUUUGCUGGACGCCGAGGGACAUAUCAAGCUCACAGACUUUGGAUUGUGCAAGGAACACAUCCAGGAUGGAUCAGUCACUCAUACUUUCUGCGGUACCAUCGAGUACAUGGCACCGGAAAUUCUUACACGCAGCGGCCACGGUAAAGCCGUCGACUGGUGGAGUCUUGGUACUCUCAUGUACGAUAUGCUGACAGGCGCACCGCCAUUUACUUCGGACAAUCGUAAAAAGACAAUUGAAAAAAUUCUCAAAGCAAAACUUAGUUUACCUCAGUAUUUAACUCACGACGCCCGUGAUCUUAUUAGAAAAUUAUUGAAGAGACAAGUGGCCCAGCGAUUGGGUUCCGCUCCCUCAGAUGCUGAGCAAGUUAAAAGUCAUAUAUUCUUCAGACACAUCAACUGGAAUGACGUUAUCUCGCGUAAACUAAAAGUACCAUUCAAGCCGACGUUGACUAGUGAGGAUGAUGUCUCACAGUUUGACAAAAAGUUCACCAGCUCUUUACCUAUUGAUUCACCACCCGAGUACACAUUAAGUGAAUCCGCGAAUCGAGUAUUUCAGGGAUUCACUUACGUGGCACCGAGUAUUCUAGAGGGAACAUACGCACAGCCUCGUAUUGUCAAUGCCAGAAGUCCUCGGAAGUCAGCUAUGAAGGGUUUUUCACCACGUGGAAAUCAUUUCCAUCUACACCACAGGCACAACGGCGUGGCACAUAAUGGAAUAGAAGACGCUGAGAUGAUUGAGAUAGGUUAAUGAUGACUAAUAAGUUAAUAAAUAAAUAAAUUUGUUUAUAAAUAAUUAAUUUAAUUUAUUAAUUAAUAUGGGAUAAUUAUAAAUUAAUUAUUUAUAAAUGAAAAUGAAACUUAGUUGGUUGCAUUUUGUGGCUCGGCCGUCGAGACCUUGAUCAGCGCGAUAACUCAUUCUCAGGGAUUGAUUUUUUAUAUUUAAAUAUAUAUUAAAUCGUCAUAUGAACUAUCGUGCAUAAUUUUUUUAAUUACUGACUCUUCAAUGAUUUUUUUAAUUAGCAUUGAAAAUAUAAAUCGACGGUUGAGUUUAGCUAAUUUUUAUUUAAUUAUUAUAAAAUUAUCAUGAAAUAUAAAUAAAUAAAUAUAAAUAUAUAAAUAUAUUUUACUCGUAAUAAACAACUUUAUACGUAAUCGAAGUAAUAAUAAUAAUAAUAAUAAUAAUAAUAAUAAUAAAAAUAAUAAAUUUGUAACGAAAAUAAGAGUGAUUUGCACGUAAAUUGAAUAGUUAUGAUCCUGAAAUUAGCCGACAAUUGAAAAUUUUCUGAUUUUUUUUUUCAACAAAUAAAUUACAAACCAAAAAAUUUAAAAAUAUGCACAUGUAGAAAAUUUAAAAAACUAUAAGCGCAAUUUAUUGAAAUAUUUUUUUUUUCUAUUAUUUAUCGUUUCAGAUAAAUUUCAAAAAUUAUGAGACGUCGGCUAACUUCAGUAUCAUGAAUAGUUGCCUAUAAUUUAAAAAUUAAUUUCAUUUAUCCACGUCUUAGCUGUUUCGUUUAUUUAAUUAAAUAAAUCGAGUAAUUAAUAACAAUAAUUAUAAUUAUUAAAUAGAUAUUUAACGUUACACUAUUAACUUUAGCUUCGAGUUAAAUAUUUUAUAUAAAGAAACUGCUGAAUAAAUCUAGCAAACGUUUAACUGAUACUCUAAUUGAGCGACAGGAAUUAUAAUUUUAAAAAAAUAACAAUAAACCAAUAAAAAUAAUUUGGCCAUUGAAAACUUAAAAAAGAAAGAAGAAAAAACUUAAAAACUGCCCGAGUGUUCAGACUUUGGUCGACCAAAAAUAUUUUAGGUCAACUCAGUCCUAUGUUAUCAUAUAUUUUAAAAAUAUUUUUGUGACGCCGAUAAUUUAAUUAAUAAAAUAAUCUUCCAUAUGAUGUUAAUGAUAAUAAUGACAAAAUAAUGAUGAUAAAUAGUGCAGAUUUUAAUGCAGAUAUUAAAUAAAUAUGUAUCGAUAAAAUAAAUCGACGUGGAUUUAUGUAAUUGCAUAUAUUACACAUUAACUUAACGAUAAAUGUCAUAAACAAUUACUAUAGAUAUAAUUACUAUUAAAUUACAUAUUUAUUAUAAAAUAAUUACAACGUAGCGUGUUUGCUUAACAUAAGACUAAAUUCGUAUUAUUUUUAAAAAUUUUUGAGCUUUAAUUGCAAUUAAUUAUUAUUAUUGUUAUUACUAUUAGCGAAACCUUUUAGUUUAUUUUUAUUUUAUUGCAAUAAAAGCAACGAGACUUUUUAAAAUGACCAAUUUAUUAUUUUUUAUUUUUAUUUUUAAUUUGUGUGUCGUCAUUUAGUUGUUGGUAGAUAAAAUUAAGCUCUCAACGUUUUAUAAGAUUUCUGUCAAUUAAUUUUUAGAUAAAUUUAUUAUUAUUGUUUUUCUUUUUUGUGUUGAUACAAGAAUAAAAAACUAGCAAUAAUAUGUGUGGCAAGAUUUAUCAUAAAUAAAUAUACGAUACAAUGCACUGCCGAUGAUUGCUUAUCGAUAUUUAAUUUAAAAAAUAUAAUUUAGUUAAGUAAUUGGCACAAAUAAAUGAAUUAUUAAUUAAAUUACAAUAAUUUGAGGGAGAAGUUUUCGUUUUUUUUAUUUUUUAAAAAUUGUGACAUGAAAUAAAGUAACAAAUGCUUCCACUCAAGAGAUUUAUGACUUAGAAUUUAAGAUAAAUUGACAAUUGUGUGUUUAAAAUAUUAAUUAAAAUUCAUGUCGAGUUAUUCUGGCUCAAUAUAAGUUUGCAUAAAUAUUUAUACUGAUAUAAGAGAUAAUAUGACUUGUAAACUGAGUGAAAAUAAUAUUAACAAUCAUCAUAUUUUUAUUUGUAGUUACCAGCAGCUAAUUUAUCGAAAUUAGGAUAAUUAGUCUGCUAAUUUAAUCAUUAAAUAUAUAUACAUAUAUAUAUUUUAUCAAUAAUCAAACAUUGUAAACUGUGAAUACAAUAAACAAACGAUUGUUUGUUGUGUUGUAACUUGUCAUUUUUUUGUCUUUGUCAGCUAUCAAACUAUUUUAAUUAAAUAAAAAUAAUAAUCAUUAUAA